AUGCCCGCUAGUCCUGAUUCAAACCUUCCUACAUCUAACAGCAAUCCUGUUGUACAAUUUCCGUCCUUGACGCCCCCACGACAGACGCCACCGGUUACUGCCACCGGAAAGCCGCCCGCAAUAUCGCAAACCGCCGGUUGGGCCCAGCGGUCUCCUGUGUCAAAACCGUCCACCCAGGCUCCGCCUGUGCACUUGAUACCUUCUGCAGAUGCGUCAACCUCUAUCUGGCGCGAUAGGAGACCUUCCUCAUUGUCUUUUAACGCGCAGAAUGCGCGCAACAGCGUCCGGGCCCGCGCGGGCACCUUGCCCUCGAGGCUUCAGACCGGUCAGAUGCCGGAAGUUCACGAACAACUUGGAAGCUUAGCUCUCUUAUCUCCAAAUACUGACCAAGUUCCUGCUGAACUCCAAGGUUUGGGUCGGCUGGGUCGUGCAGAUCAUCCUGCUUCCCUUCGGCCCUUCCCCUCUUUGCUCUCAUCGCGAUCACGCGGAACGUCGCCUUUCCCAGUAGCUGCCCAGGUAACUGCCACUGUUAACACUGCUCCAACCCCGGCCGCGGUCGAAGUUCCUCUGUCGCCGCGGCCCCGAAAAAGGUCCGGCUCCCUUAAUUCUAUUGGUUCAAAUACCGCCUUCUCUCCGUUUGCCCCAAACAUUUGGAAUUCGGGUACUUCAGCGAUAUCUUCCUCCCCUGAUGGCCACAACCUGCAUCAACCACCUUAUAUUUCUACCACACCCUCGCGGUUGAGAAGUCGUACAUUUGGCGGGCCAACCGACGCUUCUCAGCCACCCAAUAUUGGCCUCUAUUCAGUCCCCCGUCCUCAUUCAUAUCAAACAAAUCCUGCCGGUGCCGUUGGAGGCCCGGUACCACGAAGUCGAGCCUCAACGAUGUCAACUUCCAGCCAUCGCCACCUCUCGCCAUCAUCGGGUUUGGCAUUGGGCAGAUACGUCUCGCAAAGCAUACAUGAUAUUCCAGAUGAUUAUGUUGUUACUGUUGACGAUCUAAGUCCGACUCCAACCCUUUGUCUUUGGAUCAACAACGUUGCCCCUUCAGCAACCCCAUUUUCAUUGCAUGCUUUCUUCAGUCAGUAUGGCCAUGUCGACGCUGCCCGUGUUUUGCCAAGCUGUAAUUCUGCAUUCGUCAAGUUCGCUGACUUGCAAACCGCCAUCGAGGCUCAGAAACAUACGAAUACUGUCGAAAUUUAUCCAGGUCAGGGCCCCAGUUUGGUAGGGUUUGUGAAGGAUGCUGAAGCUCCGCCCAUUUCUGUACCAAUUGCGGCUCAACCUAGUAUCCCAUCUAUAUCAAAGGGUUCCUUAGAACUAACGGAAGUUCUUACCUCGCUAGGUGCGAGCGGUGCAGAGCUUCAAAUGUCCAUCGAAACCAUCGAUCGGGCUCGGCAGUACAAUCAAUAUGAACCAGAAACCCAUCCUCUUCCUGAACAGGCCGAUCGUGUUUACGUGUCCGCCGUGCUUCGUGAGGUUCGUAAGCGCAUCGAUAGCGAAAACGUUCCAAAAGAUGAAAUCGAGGACCUGGCCAUGGCUAUGAUGUCUGAGCUUCCAGUUUUAGCCAGUGACUAUAUGGGUAACACCGUUGUUCAACAGCUUUUCGAUAAUUGCUCCUUGGAAUUCCGGGAUAUGAUGUUGCGUGGGUUGAAGCCAUACUUGGCCCAAACAGGCGUGCACAAAAACGGUACCUGGGCAGCUCAGAAAAUCAUCGAUGUUGCAUCUUCAGCCAGGGAGUAUCACAUGAUCACAGAGGCUAUCAAACCAUUUGUGGUUCCUCUAUUUUUGGACCAAUACGGAAACUAUGUGAUACAGUGCUGCUUAAAGUUCGGGUCACCUUGGAAUGACUUCAUCCAUGAGGCUAUUAUUGUAAAAAUGCCGGAAAUCGCGCAAGGACGGUUCGGUGCCCGAGCAAUUCGGGCUUGCUUGGAGUCACCCCAUACUUCAAAACAACAGCAACGUUUAGUUGCUGCAUGCAUUGUGGAGAAUGCCGCAAUGUUGUCAACGAAUGCCAAUGGAUCCCUUCUGGUCUCCUGGCUGCUCGACACUUAUAAUCCUCCCACCCGGUUCGCUCUUGUCGCUCGCCGCCUCUUGCCAGUAUUGUCUACUGUCGCAUCGUCUAAGUUAGGCUCUCAGGUGCUCUUGAAAAUCAUCAGCAACCGUGUUGACACUGCUUCUGCCCGACUCAUACUUGAUUCACUGCUUGACUUGAGCUCAGAUUCUUCCACACCCAUCUUGGAGUCCCUGCUCCAGGACUCGGUCAACGGGCCCAUGUUUUUGUUCAAACUGCUCAACACUGGGCUUGCAGAGUACUCUCUGGAGCGCCAGGUUGCAGUGAACAAAAUUCGCAUGCUACUGCUCAAGCCCGAUGCAGUUAUUCCGGCCCACAAACGACUGCUAGAGGAAGUCGGACUCUCGAUGCUAGCACCCAGUGAAGAGGCUCGUUCAAUCUCGCCACCGCAUAUUGCUACAUCCGACGGAGGCCGUGACCAUAAAUACGCCAUGGGACUGCAAAACUAUGCGUCCGGGCCAGCGGCCUCUGCUAUGCAAGCCAACAACUACCAAGAGUGGCUGAGGUACUAA